AUGGAGUCCGUGGCCCUGUACAGCUUCCAGGCCACCGAGAGCGACGAGCUGGCCUUCAGCAAGGGCGACACGCUCAAGAUCCUGAACAUGGAGGACGACCAGAACUGGUACAAGGCUGAGCUCCGGGGCGCCGAGGGCUUCAUUCCCAAGAACUACAUCCGGGUCAAGCCCCACCCGUGGUACUCGGGCCGGAUUUCCCGGCAGCUGGCGGAGGAGAUUCUGAUGAAGCGGAACUACCUGGGAGCCUUCCUGAUCCGGGAAAGCGAGAGCUCCCCAGGGGAGUUCUCCAUCUCUGUGAACUACGGGGACCAGGUGCAGCACUUCAAGGUGCUGCGGGAGGCCGCGGGCAAGUACUUCCUGUGGGAAGAGAAGUUCAACUCCCUCAACGAGCUGGUGGACUUUUACCGAACCACCACCAUCGCCAAGAAGCGCCAGGUCUUCCUGCGGGACGAGGAGCCCCCGCUCCAGCCGCCGCGGGCCAGCUUCGCCCAGGCCCAGUUUGACUUCUCGGCCCAGGACCCCUCCCAGCUCAGCUUCCGCCGCGGCGACAUCAUCGAGGUCCUGGAGCACCUGGACCCGCACUGGUGGCGAGGCCGGUUCUGCGGGCAGGUGGGCUUCUUCCCCCGGAGCUACGUCCAGCCCGUGCACCUCUGA